AGUCACUGACUGCGGGCUCCGCUCCAGUGGACGAUCCCAGUCAGAGACUGGUCUGUGAAUGGUUGAGUUGGGCUGGGAGGGUUCUCGGCUGCUCGCUGGACAGCGGCGGAGAGCAGCUUGCAAAGCCGUACACAAACAGCGCUCAGUGCUUCGUGAGGUGCAACCGGGCACAACAGAAAUGUCCCUUCGAGGACUGUCUCACAACUGGUGUCGCUCAAAAUGAUGAGGACGCCUCGUUGAAAGGAAUAAUGAACUCGAGAUGAGGUACUAUAUUUCGAUUUGAAACACACUUUGUAACCGGGGCCGUGAAGAAUUUGGAUGCUGUGCUGUACCUAACUAUUUAAACAAGGGGCAACAGAGCAGGGUCUGGUUGGACUGGUUUGAGCCCAGUGGCAGCGGGACGAUACCACAGGAGGAGCACCCACCCCCUACCCCCCUUGCAGUGCCAGCAAGACCGCCAAGGACAAGAGCAACAGCGCCACCAUGAGGGCAGGGCGCUGUGAGUCAGAGAAGGACUCGGGGUACUUUGACAGCAGCUCAGAGUACCUGCAGAUGGGCUCUGAGGACCACCACCCCUCCUCCUCCUUCUCCUCCAGCAGUGUGACUCACCGCUCAGGGGGCCUUACCCCCGUCUACAUUGUUAAAAACAUGGUCAUCAAACAGCCCCUGACAUUGCAGACCUACACUGGCCCCAUUCUCCACAGCCAGCUGGCAUGGGGCGGUCAGCCGAAUCUGACCACAGUGAGCGGUGAAGGGGCUGCCCAGGUCCUGUUCAUCCAGCAGUCCGGAGCCGGUGCCCAGCUGAAAAACCCCUGCAAGAAAAGGGACACCUACCUCCCCAUCCUCAACUCCUACCCCCGCAUCGCCCCGCACCCCAUGAAGAGCCCUGACCAGGAGGCAGGGAAACCGGGAAAGCAUGGAAACCUGGGGGGAGCGCACGCUGGGAAGAGCCAGAGCAAGAGAGUCUGUGUGGUGGACAGGAGGGAGUCGGUGCCCAAACUGCAGGAGAAGAUGGAGAGGAACCUCCAUCAACCUCCCCCACAGCCCCUCAUCCCUUCAGAGAGCCCCGACCUGUGCAGCCUCCUCUCCCCCUGCCCCACAGAGCUCCCUGUGUCCGGGCCUCCCUCAGUCUCCAGCUCCGAGACUUCGUAUUCAUCUGCCUCUUCUCUGCUGACCCACCCCAGGGAGUCCUGGAGGGAGUCCAAGGCAUUCAGGAAGCAGGCUUCAGACCUGGAGAAGCAGCAGCGCUUCCUCAACACAGUGGAGAUCCUGAGUCGCUCCAGCCUGCUGGGCAUCACCCUGAGGACCAAAGAGCUGAUCCGGCAGAACCACAGCACCCAGCGCCAGAUCCAGGAGCUGCGGGAGCACACCAGGCUGCUCUGCCUGGCCGCUCGCUGCAACCAGCCUCAAAACUGGGCCCGGCUGCAGGAAGCCAUGGUCAACUCGGGCUACAGCGAUCUCACGGGGGAGCUAGCCAGCACCACCGCCACUGCUGCUGCCUCCAGCCUACAGCCUCGGGGACCAGCCUGGGAGGGAGGGGACCCCCAGGCUGCCUGCCACUACCCUGCACAGCAACAAGCAGGCUCCUGAUCCCGAGAGGCUCAGCAGCUCCACUCAUGCCUCUCUGCCUUCCUGGUGAAUGUGCCCCCCGGGGCAGCCUCUCCUGGAGGAACGGUUAGGGGUGCUGCUCAAGCCUUCCUCUUAUUAGCACUUACAAAAAAUAGCACAGCCUCCUUUAUGAGGAUUGCUGACCAAGGCUUCAGAUUACAUUUGAGUAAACCGUACUUCCCAUACUUGGAAAUGAUUAGGUACCAAGAAGCAGCAGCAACUUUCAAGUCUGUUGUGUAUAUUUGAAAAAUCUUCAUUGGUCUUGGUUAGCUGCUAGUGCUACAAAGAGGUAAGAACAUGUAUUUCCAAGCCUUUGUGUGCACUACUUUGAAUGGGGCCGUGACAAUGUUGCAAGUGCUUAUAGGGUGUAAGAGGAUGGAUUUAAAAGCAUUGGUUAACGAAUGAAAAUAUAGCAAACCCAUUUGAUUUGCAUGUGCUUUUGUGUUGGAGUGGAGAGAUGAACAGGGGACCCUCUGCUCCAGACUCUCCGAAAGUGUACCGUCUGAGUCAGACUGUCAUCAACUCGGCACAGCCCAGUCCAGCAGCUUCUCACAUCUCACUACGCUGGGAACAUUCUUAAACAGGAGAUAGCAAGAUUGAAACUUGUUUGUAGGAAAAUAAAUAAUACAAAAAAAAGCAUCACAAACCAUUUAAUAGAUAAUGAUGUUCAAUUUGUAUACAUUGCUGUAACAGUCAAGUGCGUAAUAAUAAUCAUUAUUAUGAUUAUAAUUGAGGCUACAUUGACGUGUGCAUGGAAAAUAAUUCAUAAAUAAUGCAUAUGAAAAAGGUUUAGCCUAUAUGUGUACAACUGUAAAAAUACUAAAGCUAGUGACAACAUGUAUUGACAGAGUUUAAAACAUUUAGUAAAAUUCUGAAAGUUGAAUUGACUAGUUUCGGACACAGUCAUUUUGAAUUUCCAAGUAAUUCCCUGUAAUGUGUUUUAAGUCUGCAGAUAGCGGAGGCAUUGUGGUCUACUGGGUGUAGCUCAGAGCAGUGAAGUAGCUGAAAUUUCUAAGUAAUUUAGCUCAGUAUGCAGAAAAAGAGCAAACAGGCUCAUGACUCAUGGUUGACUCAGAGAUGACAAUCUUUCAAGUAAUCGUAAGAAAAUACGUUGCAAACCAUGCUGGAUUCAUCAGAUAUGUCAGUAACCAGGGCUUCAUUUGUUAACAGAAAGGUGAUAUAUCUUCUCAUUAGCGAAGAGGGAUAUCAUUUUUGGUUUGAGAUCUACUGACCUUGAUUCAGAGCAGCUCCUGUAAAGGGUUCAUUCUCUUCUGCAUGUUUAUUUAAUGCCUUCUUGUUGGUGUUGGUAACUGCACUGACAUCUGCGUUACCCUAAUUUGAUUAGGGGUCGCAAAAAAACAUUUUUUUACUCAUAGAUUUUGCAUGCGUUUUUUCACUGUACAUGGUAUGUCAUUUUUUUUUCUUCCCCACGUGAUUCAUCUUUUGCAAACUGCAUACAUCUCGCCUGUCUGAUAAAAAGUCAGAUCUGGGAUCUGAUCCAAUCUGGCACUAAAUAACCCCUUCAUUGAUGUAUGCUUGAAAACACAGUGAAAAAACAAAGCAUCUUCUACUAGAUUGUAAAUAUAUAGAAGCACAUAGAAAUCCAUUACAGGGGUGCUACUGCUUAGUGCAGGGCAAGUAAUGCAUAUUAUUAACCCAGCAGCCGCUAGGAGGAAAUCUGGUAAGUCCAAUACUGAGGGGUUUGAAAGGCAUGGUGAUAAGCCCCUAUUAAUGAUUUUACACAUGUUAGAAGUUACUGGUACACUCAAGCUGUAGACGUAAUCCAAAAAGGGAUUAAAAUAGCACAAACCCCACUGUAUAGAUCUGAUCCCUUCUAACAUUGUGAAUAAUAAUCUAUAUGUAGUGCCUUUCAUAAUGGACCACCAUCACAAAGCACUUUACAAGAUAUGAGCCUAGG